AUGGCCAACGCGCAGGAGGUGCUGAGCACCGUGGCUGGCGGCCUCAAGAAGCUUGUCAAGAGCACCGGCAAGGCUGGGUGGAUCGCAGGCACGACCUUCCUCAUCCUGGUGGUUCCGCUGAUCAUUGAAAUGGACCGUGAGCAGCAGCUAGUCGAGUUCGAGAGCCAGCAGCUGAAUGCUCUGACGGGCAGCGCAGCCGCGCCCGCCGCCAAGUGA